AUGUCGGACAGCCAUAUGCAGCGCACCUAUCAUGAGGCGAUGCGUCAGCGGCGGACGAGCCUUCCAGCCAACAGUCUCUCGCUGGGAAAAUGUCAGAUCACCGGUUCGUCGUUGAGCGAAGCGAAAGGCCUCAUCGCCGACAUGCUCAUGAGCAAAGAGAUUCCCUCGAAUGUUGCCACGUGUCUUCGCGCCGUCGCCACAUUAUUGGAUCAACGGCCGCUUCCCGUGCACGGUCUGAACGACUUUGGCCUUCCAUGCGUCGUCGAGAAUCCAUACAGUGGCGAGCAAUUAUUGGUCGGAGUGAGUUUUGCAUUAUUUUUCAUGUAUGUAUGA